GGCCGUGACGCGCCGCUCCUCUCCGCAGGUUACGCGGGCGUGGUGCGGUUCCGCGGCGUGAGGAUCGGCGGCAUUUCGGGCAUCUUCAAGUCGCACGACUACCGGAAAGGCCACUUUGAAUGUCCACCAUACAACCAGCAAACGAUCAGAAGUGCUUACCAUGUCAGGAACAUCGAGGUCUUCAAACUUAAGCAGUUAAAGCAUCCAAUGGACAUAUUUAUGUCACAUGAUUGGCCACGGAGCAUAUAUCACUAUGGAAACAAGAAACAGCUGCUUAAAAUGAAAUCCUUCUUCCGUCAAGAAGUGGAGAGCAACACGUUAGGAAGCCCUGCUGCUUCUGAGCUUCUGCAGCAUCUGAAACCUAAUUAUUGGUUUUCAGCACAUCUCCACGUUAAGUUUGCAGCUUUCAUGCAACACGAGACAAAGUCCAAAGAAGAACUACCAAAAGCAACCAAGUUUUUGGCUCUGGAUAAAUGUCUGCCUCACAGAGACUUUUUGCAGAUAAUAGACAUUGAGCAUGAUCCUACUGCAGGUGACUCGCUGGAGUAUGAUGCUGAAUGGAUUGCAGUCCUCAAGGCCACCAACAAUCUGAUUAAUGUGACUCAGAGCUCAUGGAAUGUGCCUGAAAAUAAUGGCCUCCAUACAAAGUGGGAUUACAGUGCAACGGAAGAGGCCAUCAAGGAGGUGUUAGAAGAACUGAAUCAUGACCUCAAAAUUCCUUGUAACUUCACCUUGACAGCUGCUUGUUAUGAUCCCAGCAAGCCCCAAAAGAACAUGGAACCGGUUCACACCAUCAAUCCACAGACCACUGAGUUUUGUGCCCAGUUUGGCCUCACUGACAUCAAUGACAGAAUCCAGCAGGUUAAAGAAGAGGGCUCAGUACGUGGAGAGUAUGAAGAGGAAGAAGAGGAAAUGGACAGUAGUGGGUCAGCAGAGGAACCUAGUGAAUAUAAUACUGAUAACUCUGGGCUUUCGUCCAUUAAUCCAGAUGAAAUAAUGCUGGAUGAUGAAGGUGGUGAUGAAGAUUUGAGCACGUGUUCCGUAGAUCCUUCCCCCGAUCAUCCUCCUGAGUUUUCUGCAAGUUUUUCUGACAUCAGGAUCAUGCCAGAUUCCAUGGCGGUAUCAUCUGAUGAUGCUAUGGACUCCACUAAUGAGGAACUGGAGAAAUCUGGUGGGAAUAAGCAGGUGGAAGAGAAGAGCUUGAAUGAGAGACCUUUAAAGCGUGUUAGUGGUAGUGAAAAUGGGAACAGUGGCAUUAAAAUUAAGAGAAGGAAUCAAGCCAUCUAUGCUGCAGAGGAUGAAGAUGAAACAAAAUAACACUACAUGAUUUAUAACUAAGUUCUCUCCCCACCUAUUUAUGCAAUGGUGAUGAGAACUAUGGCGAACUUCUCAUGCUUUUAACAUUAUUUGAUCUUAAUCAUGCUACUUCCUUAAGCUGAAGAGACACAGUGUACCUCUUGCAGGGAAGAAUGUUUCGCUUAAACACUUAAGUCACAAGUGAAAUUCUGUAACAAAGUACUUUGUCAAAGGAUUUAAGAGUCACGUAUGAUCAGUUGAUUUUUGCUUCAGUUCUUGGUUAUCAGUUUUUGCUCAGUAUCCUGUGCUGUACUGCUAUACAAGAUUCACCGUGCUUGUUUAACGAGAGCUCUUAAACUGUAACUGAAAUCAAAGUGAGGGGAUGUUUGACUCAUGAGAUGGAACUAUUUGCUUUUAUUGCUUUUGUCUUGUUUUAUACUGAUAUAUAUUUUUAAUACAAAGUAGCAUAUGCAAUAACUCUAUGGACUAAAUUUGAAAGCAGAAUUCCCAGGAUAACAAAACAGCAAUAGAAGAGUGAAGAUUGCUUCUGGUGACAUUUGUGCUGUAGAAAAGCUUCAUGGUCAAAAACAGAACUAUGUGUAUUGUCUAUUCUAAUAUUUUUUUCAGUAGAUAACCAUGUCUCAAUUUGUAGCACGAGUUUUAUGAGGACCAUGGAGGACAACAUGGCUGUUCUUAAAAACUCAUGUGCUGUUUCUUAAAAGUUGGGAAACAUACUUUAAAUUAAAAUGCAGCUAUGUAGCUUCCUAAAUGUGGAUGUCAGCACAGUCUCAAUUCUUACUAAUUAAUGUUGUGUUAUCAUGUAAUCCGAUAGUAAGUUGCUUAAGACAGCAAUGCCUACUGUUAUCUUUAGCCUACAUUUUUGCCUGCUGCUCUCUUUGUUAGUAUGUAACUUGCCCAAUUCUUAGAGCUUAGCUUGGAAUUUUCCAAAAUACCAUUAUAAACUUGAGGCGGAACAAGACCUGCCAGGAUAUAGAUCUUGGAAAUUGAAAUUUUAUUUUUACUCUUACUCUUCUGUUUGCUCUGAAUUACUAGCAAACAAAUCACUUAUUUAUGGCCUCAAAGGCUGUAAGGAUAACAAAACUUAAUGGAUUAAUUAGAAUGAUGCUUUUAAGUACUAUAGACUGUAAAACUAAUGGGUCUAAUGACAUGUGAAAGUUCUACUGGUGUUCUGAAGCUCUGAGCUUUCAGAGUCAGGGAUUUCCUCAGGACUGUGCCACCUUUGGUACCAGAAGUACCACCUCUGUGCUUUUAUUCUUCUAAUGCCCGAGCUGUGUGAAGAGGAAAGCAUCUUUACAGGAGAACUGGACAGGGAACCAUGAGUGAAAUGGACCGGGGGGUAUGGGUUGCAGCAGGCAAACACUUCAGCUUCUGUCUUUACCAUCAGUUUCAUGUUCUGAGAUGCAUUUUGUUUCUCAGCAGUUAAUUAUGGAAAAAAAACAGCAUAUAAGUAUUCAAGAGCUAGCAAAUGCCAAUGCUCCCCACAGUUCUGAUUAUUUAUACUGGUGUGCUGAUACCAUUAACAUCCUGUUUGUUUUCUUUUUUUUUUUUUCCCUUUCCUCCUCCUCCCCCUAAGGCCAGUACCUUAUUCACUGAGUUGUAGGACAGUAUUAAUGCUGUAUCUCUAUGUCUGUCACAACAUCCACCAAAGAGAACUGUGGUAAGAUAGGAUGAAGGAUUGAGAGUGUUUAGAGUAAACCUCAGGUCAUCUGAAGUCACUAGGUUACUGAAAAUAGUUGAGUAUCCUUUGGGCUCCUGGAUUUGCAAUGCAAAAAAUCUUAAUGCUUAUAUUUCCCCAUGAUCUGAAGAUUAUAAUGGUAAUAAAGUAUUUCCUCUGUA